AUGGCGAGACCGGACGCGGUUGAAGACUGCUCAACUACUGGGGCUGUAGAAAGGCCCCCGGAGCCCCCGGAGCCCCCGGAGCUCCCAGAACCCGAAGAGCCUCCGCCUGAAGCUGGGGAGCUCGGGGAUGAAGGAGAGGUGGAUUCGGGAGCUGGGUUAGACGAAGGGGCUCCACCACCACUUCCAGCUGGGGCGCUGGAUUUACAUUCCUCAUUGCAGACGGUUGACGUAACGGUAGUGGUGAUGGUGACAGUAGCUGGAGCCGUGGCUCCCCCGGAUUCAGUCUCGCAUGGAGUGGAGGAGGCUGGAGCUGUGGUCUCGGUCUCACAAGGAGUGGACGUUGCUCCUUCACUGCACUCGGUACAAGUGGAGGAUGGAGUUGCAGAAGCACUGACACUGGUGGACUCGCAUUUCUCGCAUGGAGUUGAACUCGGGGGCAGUGGUGUACUACUGGGUGAGCUCAGCGGAGUAGAUGUUGCUGAGGAAGAUGAGUUUCCCGUCCCAGUCGUGGUGAGGGCCACAGAAGGCGUAGAGGUUGGGGCGGACGAGGUAGUGUUCUGA